AUGGAUACACUACUACCCCUCAAGCUCUUCAUCCUCCUCUGCACUCUCCAGCAUCUCCUGGGUGCCGUGCUGCAGGAGCAUAUGGAACCCCGGAAUCUGUUCAGAGAGAGAGCCUGCUGCAGGCGUCAGAGCCACCUCGUUUACAUCGGCCGAGAUAUUUCAGGUAGCCCAGUGAACAUGGAUGUGGGAAAGUGCAGAAGCCACUGCGCUGGACCAGUGAAAACCACUUCACAUGACACAGCUACUGGUGUUAAUCCCAGGCAUCCCUCUAUGCUGGAUUAUCUCAGGAGUAAAAAGGUUAGAUCAAGCGAGGCUGCCUCUGCGCACAUCCCAGACCACUCCAACAAACAACCGUCCUGCGGAACAGGACAGACGUGCGAGCCCACCGGUUUGAGGGUGGAUAAAGUGAUGCUUUUCGACGGGCUUCGAGAGGUGGAGAUAAUCGAGGAAUGCCACUGCGAGACCAUAGUGACCCAAUGUAUGCGCGUUCCCGCGCUCAAGACCUUCAACUUCGAAACACCCUACGAGGCAGUUGUUGACGUGGGAAAAUGCGCAGGCUCGAAAUCUGACAAAGAGGGGUUCUCUUGUGUCCCUACAAAGUUCGAUGCCGCGCUUUUAGAGACGCCAAAUAAGGUGGACCUUGUGCAGACGGUGGAGAGCUGUGAGAUGAAGGAGGGCUGCUACAGAAUUCCAUACAUUGAAUACCACUACGAGCUGACCUAUGACCCCGAUGGGGCAAAAAGUGAGAAACUGAAGGAAAUUGAUGUGGGCAGGUGUCUGGGGAGCUGCACCACAGGAAACCGCUGUCUUCUCAGGAGUGCCGCUAACCCUGAAGACUGCUUGCUGUGGGCCGAAGGAACAGGGAAUGCGUGUGUCCCUCAGGGCUACGAGAGCAACACAUUUCUAAACCAGCAUGGACAACUCCGCACAGUGCUGUCCAUCACGUCCUGCUUAUGCCAAUCCUGA